AUGGCAACCGAAGCCCAACCCAUCUUCCGCGCUGUUGCGACGUCGACGAGGCCGUUGUAUCAGCUCCUAAAGUGCAUCAACUUUGCACCUCGAGUUCACGUUCAGAUCACAGACGAAGGUGUCCGUUUUUCGACCGAUCAUGCGCGAGUGAUGCAAGGGGUUGCAUUCCUCGACAAAGGUCUUUUCUCAUCGUUUACCGCCAACGUUCCUUCACAGGAAGGUCCGGAUCCCCCAGAUCUACCAAGCUUUCAACUUUCUUUGAACUCUAUCCUCGAGGUUCUCCAGAUCUUUGGCGCCGUCGACGUGGCCACUCGCGCUCAGAAAGCUGAGCAGGACCCUUACCGGAGUAAUCUGCGAAACUAUCGCCCCGAUGCCUUCAGCAACCAGACCCUCGGGAUUUCAGGAACCUGCACCCUUUUGUACAAUGAAGAAGGAGAUCCAUUCAAGAUCACGAUCGAAGAGUCUGGAGUGAAGACUACGGCAUCCUUGACAACCUACUUGCCGGAAAUUCCUGAUGAAAUUCCUUUUGAUCGCAACGACCUCGCCUUCAAGAUGAUCAUGCAGUCUCGAACACUUCUAGAUUCACUCGCCGAGAUCUCUCCCACGGCUCCUACGAAAUUGACAAUCACUGCCACAAAGACCACGCCUUUCCUCUCGCUGGCCGGUGUAGGUGACCUCGGCAGCUCCGGCGUGGACUUUGCGCGUGGAAGGGAUCUCAUUGAAUCGUUAGGCAUUCGAGAGCGAUGGUCGCAGUGCUACAAGUUUGACUUUAUCAAGAAUUCAUCAGAGGCGAUGCGGAUCGCAACCAAGGUCAGCCUCAGAGGCGAUGGACAAGGAGUACUAAGCUUGCAAUUCAUGGUCGAGAUGGAGGGUGGCAAGCAGAGUUACUUGGACUUUCGGUUCAUCCCGUUCAUCCAGCAUGAUGAGGACGAUGACGAAGAGAGCACUGGGGAGGCGGAAUAG